UCUGACAAUAAAAUGGUCUUAAUGAAUAUGUAUCAGUCAAGUCAUAAAAUUGUAGAACGUAGUAUUUUCUGCGAAAAUUUGUGAGUUGGUUCACAAAAAUCGAAGAGAUGUUCAACAGUGCCAAACGUCCUCAAACAAGAUGUUAUCGGUUCGUAAUACCCGAACGUCGUUCGAUGAAAUCUCGGCUGCAGUAAACUGGUGGAGCGCAGCGAUCGUUGUGAAGCACGGAAAUCAAGUUGAGACAGAAUCUUCGAAGAGUCGAUAUCACCGUUCAUCAGUUUUGCCACGAAAACAGCUUGCUGAAUUUUUCUGCGUCUUUCUAAUGAGUCGAGUCCGAUCAGUCGACAGCGAUCAGGAUACGGUGGAAGCUCAAGCGGAUUCCUCCAAGGGAGGUUUCUUAGAGCAAGACGAACAAAUCUUUUCUGUACGCGUUCAAUCCGUAAAUUCCAAACCAGCUGAUACGGAUUCCAAAUUAGGCUAGCAUUUUCCAGUAUAGGACGAACCAAGGAGCAAUAUAACGCUUUCAAACAAUGCGGAUCUUUGAAGUCCCGCCCGAUCUUCGCAAUGAAACCUAAUUGCCGUGUUGCCUUUGAAAUUAUAGUUGAACGAUGUAGAUUGAAGGUAAGCUUAGCAUCUAACAAAACACCAAGAUCAUUAACAUGAUCAACUCUCUGGAGUUUUAGUCCAUCAAUUUCAUAGUCGAAUCGAAUUGGAUUCAGUAUUCGGUGGAACGUUAUGACCUGGCAUUUUGCAAUGCUGACAAUAAGCCAGUUUCUAUGACACCAGGCGACGAAUGUAUCAAGAAGAUUUUGAAGCCGGAUGCAGUCGUCGAUAGAACGAACUUCAAGAUACAAUUUCAAAUCAUCGGCAUAUACUAAUCUGCAACCAACACCGAGCAGCGAAACAGCAUCAUUGAAGAACAGCAAAAACAAAAGUGGACCCAUAUUACUGCCUUGAGGAACUCCAGAUAGAUUUGAAAACGGAGAUGAUACACAGGAGCCUAGCUUUAUUCGCAAAACUCUACCACAUAAGUAAGAGCAAAGCCAUUCAAUAAACUUUUGUGUUGCACCCAGCCGCGAAAUCUUGCACAAAAGUAUUCGGUGGUCAAUUCGAUCGAAAGCUGCUUUAAGGUCAGUGUAUACUGCAUCAACUUGUACUCUCUUUUCCAAACUCGAGAUACAAGUGGAAGUGAAAUCUAAGAGAUUCGUGCUGACCGAACGACCUGGCAUAAAUCCAUGCUGAUCAGAAGAGAUGUAAUUUUUUGUACGAAGAAGUACCUCAGUGCUCACAAUUAUUUCAAAUAGCUUAGAUGCAGCAGAUAAAUUCGUUAUGCCUCUGUAAUUCCUUACGUCAAUACGAUCACCGCUCUUGUAUACAGGAAACAUAAAAGACUGCUUCCAAGUCACUGGAAAAAUUCCUUGCUCAAAUGAUUUGUUAAAUAUAGUGCACAAAGGAUCAGCUAAAACAGGAGCACAAUGACUAUACACCACAGAAGGAAUACCAUCUGGUCCGGGCGAAAACGAUCGUUUUAACUUUUUCGCUGCGGCAACAAUCAUAACGGGAGUAAUCAAAAAUGUGUCAAUGUGCGCUAUAUUCUCAGGAACAUCCACCGCGGCGGUCUCCGCUUCGAUACCGGAGGCAGUAUUUUCAGCAAACACAGAAGCAAAGAACUUUGCGAACAGAUCGCAUGAGUCCAAGGUUGACAUGGAUUCAACACCAUCGAGACAAACUUUUGAAGGAAUCGAUGAGCACUUGCGUUUCGAGUUUACAAAAGUCCAGAAAUAUUUAGGAUUCCGACGAAGAUUAGUUUGAAUCCGCAUAACGUAGGCUUUGUACAACCCCGCGUUUAAUUUACGAUAAUUUUCACUGGAACUUUUAAACAUUCGCUUUGUUUCAGAGCUAUGCCAGCGACGAUGUCUGCGCUGCCAAAUAUUGCGGGUACGUUUUAAUCUACGAAGCCGUACAGUGGUCCAAGGUGGGCUCAUUGGCCGUUUAACGAAAGUGUUCUCCAGUUAACAUUUUGUAAGAAUUCAAGUAAAGCAGCAAAAUCUAUUUUCCUAUAAUUUAAUGUUCUGGAUUCAUUCACGGACUCCAUGUGACAGGAGUUGCCUUCGCCGUUAGUAGGCCACGUGAUAACUAAAGGCGGAUGGUGCGGGUCGACGGGUAGUAUUGGAGCAACACUACAAUCAACAACUAAUUGAUGCUCCAAAGAACAAAAAACCAAAUCAAGCAAUCGUCCGAGAUGAUUUCUGUGUUGGUUAGCUUGACAAAGAUUUAGGUAAUCCAUGCCGUCAAUCAACGCCGUGCCAGCAGCGGGUAGCAACGAAGAACAAGAGGAGAGUGUUUCCUCAUUCCGUUGAUUCCAUACAAUGCGGGGCUGGUUGAAAUCACCGCACACCAGAACAAUAUCAUUAGCAGAACUUUUACUGCACAAUUCCGAAACAGUUGAAAUGUGCGCAUCGAUCACAUCAACGUUUUGGCUUUUAUCAGGGGGAAUGUACACACCGCAUAGAAGUAACUUUUUACCCCGUACUGUAGUACUCGCACACACUUGUUCAAGACAGUUUCCAUUUACCGUUUCAAUAAUAGAGCUGGCAUAUUUUCGAGAAAUAGCAAUCAAUACUCCACCAAACGAUACUUUGUCGCUAUUCGCUGAGCUGCGGUCGCAGCGGAAAACAUUAAAGGAGUCUUGCGUUGCUCUCAACCGAAAUUCAAAUGGCAUUUGCUCGUAAAGAACAAAUGGCAUCAGUAUUUCUAGAUAUCAAGGGGGCUUUUGAUUCAGUUUCUAUAAAUAUCCUAUCUAAGAAGCUGCACCAGCAUGGUCUUUCGCCGGUUUUGAACACCUUUUUACAUAAUCUAUUGUCCGAGAAACACAUGUAUUUUGCACAUGGUGAUUUGUCGACAAUACGAUUCAGUUACAUGGGUCUUCCUCAGAACUCAUGCUUAAGCCCCCUUUAAUACAACUUUUACGUAAACAACAUUGAUGAAUGUAUCAACACAUCUUGCACGCUAAGACAACUUGCCGACGACAGCGUUGUGUCCAUUAUAGGACCCAAAGCUGCCGAUGUCCAAGGACCAUUAUAAGAUACCCUCGACAACUUGUCGACAUGGGCUCUUCAAAUGGGUAUCGAGUUCUCUACGGAGAAAACUGAGCUGGUCGUAUUUUCAAGAAAGCGAUAACCAGCACAAUUACAGCUUCAACUAGGGGGUGAAACCAUAGCUCAGGUCUUCACAUUUAAAUAUCUCGGGGUCUGGUUCGACUCCAAAGGCACCUGGGGAUGUCACAUUAGAUAUCUGAAACAAAAAUGCCAGCAGAGAAUCAAUUUUCUUCGCACAAUAACCGGAACUUGGUGGGGUGCAAACCCAGGAGACCUGAUCAGGCUGUACCAAACAACGAUAUUGUCUGUAAUGGAAUAUGGAUGCUUCUGCUUCCGAUCCGCCGCGAACACCCAUUUCAUUAAACUGGAAAGAAUUCAGUAUCGUUGUUUGCGUAUUGCCUUAGGUUGCAUGCAGUCGACUCAUACGAUGAGUCUCGAAGUGCUCGCGGGCGUCUUACCGUUGAAAAACCGAUUCUGGGAUCUCUCAUAUCGAUUGCUAAUCCGAUGCGAUAUCUUGAAUCCGAUGGUGAUUGAAAACUUCGAUAGGCUUGUCGAACUCAAUUCUCAGACCCGUUUUAUGUCCUUAUAUUUUGAUUACAUGGCUCAGAAUAUUAAUCCUUCUUCGUUUGUUUCCAACCGUGCUCAUUUCUUGGAUACUACUAAUUCUACUGUGUUUUUCGACACAUCCAUGAGAAAAGAAAUUCGUGGAAUUCCGGAUCACGUGCGCCCUCAAGUGGCCCCAAAUAUUUUUUAUAAUAAAUUUAGAACAGUCAACUGUGAAAAGAUGUUUUACACUGACGGAUCAAACAUCAACAGGUCCACAGGCUUCGGAAUCUUCAAUCAGAACAUCACCGCUUCGUACAAACUCAGUGAUCCGGCUUCAGUCUACGUCGCAGAAUUAGCUGCUAUUCAGUACACCCUCGAGAUCAUUGAAACCUUGCCCAAAGACCAUUACUUCAUAGUCACGGACAGUCUAAGCUCAAUAGAAGCUCUCCGGGCAAUGAAGCCAGGAAAGUAUCCCCCAUAUUUCCUGGGGAAAAUACGGGAACAUUUGAGAACUUUAUCUGAACGGUCUUAUUUAAUAUCGUUAGUCUGGGUCCCCUCGCAUUGUUCCAUUCCGGGCAAUGAAAAGGCAGACUCAUUGGCUAAGGUGGGCGCAUUAGAAGGUGAUAUUUAUGAAAGACCAAUCUGCUUCAAUGAAUUUUUCAGUAUCUCUCGUCACAAAACUCUCGAAAGUUGGCAAACUUCAUGAAGCAAUGGCGAACUGGGACGAUGGCUGCAUUCCAUUAUCCCUAGGGUAUCGACGAAACCUUGGUUCAGGGGGAUGAACGUGAGUCGUGACUUCAUUCGUGUGAUGUCUCGGCUCAUGUCAAACCAUUACACCUUCAACGCGCAUCUCCGGCGUAUUGGAAUCGUGGAGAGCGGUCUCUGCGCUUGUGGUGACGGUUAUCAGGACAUCGAGCAUGUCGUAUGGACGUGUACGGAGUAUCGUGACGCCAGGUCUUUAUUAAAGGACUCCCUAAGGGCCCGAGGUAGACCACCUGAAGUUCCGGUCCGAGAUGUGUUGGCUAGUCGGGAUAUCUCUUAUAUGCUUCUUAUAUACCAGUACCUCAAACACAUUAAUAUCCAAGUGUAAUCUGUUAUACCUCGCUCAGAAAGUAUAAUCUCCACCUACAGGUUCGACACUAACAUCCGCUCGAUUCUCUCGAUUACCGUCCCUGUCCACCAUCAUCAUUGGAACUAACAAGAUCUUUUUUUGUCACUAACUUUUCGUUCCCCCCUUCCAUGUCUCUUCACCAUCUCGAUGGCAACUAAUUAGAUCUCUGUAGUUUUCAGACAUUUUGUUUCCAUAUCCCCUAUUUACCUCGGUUUUCACAAUAUUUACUUUUUUUAUUUUCUCAUCUCUUCGUAACAUCACCAUCACCGCCUACGGUCCUACGCUCCAGACGAUGACCAGCAUGCGGGCCACCCGCCGGGCCUUCGUAGCCUGGGGGUGUUUCCCGCGGACCCACACGAACCGAAAGGAAGCGGCCAUAUAUAGCACCAUUUGGAAUUCAUGCAAUAUUCAAUUCACCGACACCUGCCGAAUACCAGCUAAAAGCUUUUUUCAAAAAUUCUAGACGACAUAAUCUAAUGAUACUAUUCUAGUUUUAAGUUAGUCGUUAAUUAAGAUUAGGAAAUACCCUUGGCAUCUUAGAGCUUAAGCAGUGUGCCUGAAAAUAUAUAUUAUACUAUUGGAAAAAAAAAAAUCAUCUUAUUUGAAUGGAUUCGUUUAAAAAGCUACUGUGAAAAAGUGGCUUAUGUACCUUGUUGAUACUCCAUUAUACCGUCGUUACAAUAUAGUAAUCAGUAAAGAUCAAUUAAACCAGUUUGGUGACUCCUCGUCAGUAAUACUUGAUCCUGACGACGAGCUUGAAUGUCGUGUGGU